GUUAAUUAUCAUUGUGACUUUCAAAAAUUACAUUUAAGCAUAACAUGUUCAGCGUAAAAAAAUGUAACUACAAGAUAUUAAUUGCUUUCUUAAAACGAUUGUAUACAAUUAAAGUUAUAUCAUAAUAUGACUAGUAGGCAAAUAUGCCUUUCACUACCAGAAUCGUAUCAGAUAAAUAGUUUAAAAAUAAUCUACUUAACUUGUGCAACAGUUAUCACGACAACAUUUAUAGUUGAAUGUAUAUUAAUCCAUUUAGUUGUACAACCAUAUUUACAUGAAUCAGCUUUUACACAUACAAAUUGUAGUUUUGUACAUGCACAUAUUACAAAAAAUGAUGUAAAAUGUGAAAAUAAAUGUUCAAAAGAUCGAUCAAAAUUUCCAUGUUUACAAGUAACAGUACAAUAUAGGAGUGGUAGAAAAAAUCAUACUGUUACUUUAUAUGAUAAUAUAGCAACUUAUAAUCAUUAUAAAGUGCUUAAAUGUGCUACAAGUGCAUGUCAUCAUCGUGAUAUGGAUAAUACUGAAUGGGUAGAACAAUUUCAACGCCGAAUACGACUUCAACGACACUUUAAGUGUUAUGUUCAUGCAACACAUGAAGAUGAAGCUUUAUUGUAUAAAUUUUAUACCUUUAAUGCAGUUUUUCAUGCAGUAUUUUGGCCAAUUAUAUUAUUUUCAGCUUCAACAAUUUGUUUAUGCUUAAUUUAUGUAUUUGAUAAAUGUCGUGUAUGGACAGGAGAUCAAGAUGUCAUUGUUUAAUGUCAUUUAUUGAAUGUGUUCUUAAUUCAAAUAUGGGAAAGACUAAAUAAAGAUAAGAUUAGAUGAGAUUAAAUGUACAACACCAAAUAUUAAGCUAAUUAUAUAUAUACAAUAUUUUUUUGCUAAUUUUUAUGAUAUAUACGCAUAUUUUUGUUUUAUUGUAAAUAAAAAUAUCAUUUUUUUAUAAUACUUAUUUUUGUUUUGUUUUUCUAUAAGAUCUUGUUUAUUUAAAGUCGAAAAAUAUAGCGCGUAUUUUGAAUGGUUGUUGAAAUUAUAACUGUAUUUAUUAUAUCUGAUGGUUAAUCCUAUAUUAAAAUACGUUUAUUAAAUGCGUCAUACAGUGAAACAGUAUUAUUUACUAGAUGAUGUUUCGUGCACAAUUUACUUUCCAUAAUUAAAUCAGUCUUAACCACACCAACUUCUAAACUUCCGUUUUAUUUUUGUUUAUUCCUUUCCAUUUGUUGUAGGAAUAAUAGACUUCUUCAGAUGUCUGAUUGGACAAGGGUUAAAUCACUUCUGUUGUAUGCGUU